GCCGCGGAGCGGGGCAGGGUCUGGGUGAGCGCUGGCCGUGCGGGUGGUAGUGAGCCUCACCGCGGAAGUAAAUAGCCGAAAGACUCAACGCCACCGAUAGACCACACUGGUGGUUACCUUUGAACCCCGCCCGGUCCCGGGAGGCUGGAGGGAAACAAGGUUGACCCCCUGAAGGAAGGGAAGGUGUAGGGAAUAAAGAGUGGACAGCUGGGACAUAAUCACACGCACACACACCGUCCCUCACAAGACGGAACUUGGGGAGCGGGCGGUGAUCCGCAGCGUCUGAGAACUCUGGAAUAGCUGCGGAGGGUCCGUACAGUGAAGAGCAAGGAGAUUCGACUAAAAAAUAAAAUUUGCGCUUCUGAUUCUGUUUCGCUCAUGCCUGUAUGGAAGCGAUGUUCCAGCACGGCAGGCAGUCGUGGAAGCUUUGGCUUAAUGGUGAAGUGUCUUGUGUAUGACGAUAUACAAGCCAGGAGAAGGGCCCGGAAGAGUAAGCAAAUUUCCACUUCAUGAUAAAGAGAGACUUGAGAAAUGGUUGCGGAAUAUGAAGAGAGAUUCAUGGACUCCAAGUAAGCACCAGCUCCUCUGCAGUGAUCAUUUUACCCCUGAUUCCCUGGAUGUGCGAUGGGGGAUACGGUACUUGAAAAAUACUGCUGUGCCAACUAUUUUCUCUUCCCCAGAUGAUGAGGAAAAAGAUUCUUCUGAGAACAGUUCACAACAGGUACAGAGAGAAGAGCAGGCAGAAACAAAUGUUGUGUCGGAGAAAGUAUCUGUACCGCUUGAACCUUGUAUACCAAAGAAAAAUCCUGUAAUUGCACAAAAUGUAGAGGAAAAGGUGUUUUUUUCAGAAGUGGGUUGCUCAACUGCACUGAGUAAACCUUUACAAAUUCAAAACCUGCAGCUUCCAGAUGAAGGUGGCUUUCAGGCAGACAGUGUCAUUCUUGAUAGUUCUUCUGAGCAGUAUAUACAUCAGCCUAAUCCUGUUUUAAUGACAACAGCAGUCCAGAGCAUGGAAGGUACUAGUGUUCAAACUUCUGUAGAGGAUUCAGGAGGUUGUACAGCUACAGUCCUGCAAUUUACAGACCCUGACUACUUGAAUUCAUCUCUGAAACUGAACAAUGCUUUUGGGUCAGUUACUGACCAUGCAGUUGAAAAUUCUGUCCCUCACGUGGUCUGUUCUGGUGAAGUGCAGACCUGUGAAGAUGCAGUUUUACUGAGUACAGUCACACAAACUAUUGAACAGUUCAGUGGAAGUGAAGAGUCUGUCAUUGCUAUUAUUAUGCCAGCUGAGAGUCCAGAAGAGCCUGAAAGAGUAAGUAGUUCUUUCCUGCCUGUUAAGGAAGAGUUUCUUGAUAUAGACAAGACAGAAGUGAAUAAAUAUGACGGAAAUGAAAUACUGCAGACUGAGCAUUCAUACUGCAGACAAGACAUAGACAGAGAUCACCUUUGGCAGAAAAUUUCAAAACUCCACUCUAAGAUAACUUUACUUGAAAUGCAGGAGGUAAAAACUUUGGGGAGACUCAGGUCCUUGGAAGCUCUUAUUAGACAAUUGAAGCAAGAAAACGUGCUUUCUGAAGAAAAGCUGAAGAUGGUAGAAAACUACUUUACAACACUUGAAGUGACUAUGAUACAGUAAAGACUUUCAGUUGAUGGUUCUAAAAUAUCUUUUUAGUCUCUUUGACUGUACUUUUGGACAAAUAAACUUUGUUUCCAGUUUUGGUGUUUUAAACAUCUAAUGCUAGUUGUGUGAAUUUUAAAUACUCUUUAAAAUAUUACAUCAGUCAAAGCUAAGUGGAGAAUUUUGUCUGUAAAACAUGACUGACAAGUAUGAUUAAAAAAAACCAACCCUGAAUUGGGUGAAGUUUUCUUAAGUAUGUGAAUUAAGUCAGUAAAACAUAAUUUAACCCUUCCUUAGCUGCAGGCUUCUUUGAAACAUGCAAUGCCUGCAUUUGGGACAGCAGUAGAAUUGACAGAAUAAGCAUAUAGGAUGAACAAUUAUAUAUGUGUAUAUAUAUAUAUAUAUAUAUAUAUAUAUAUAUAUAUAUGCAUUGUCCAGUGAGGCCAAAAUUGCUCUU